CCCUCUCUCCCUCCCUCCUCAGCAUCAAGUGCAGCCUGAGCGCAGCGUCUCGGCUGCGACUUUCUCUCAGAAGAAGAAGCAAUGAGGAGAAGGGAGCCGUAGCCCCGCUGAUACCAGGACGUCUGGGAUGCACUUUGUUUUCUAGUGGGAUCAUAUUUGUAUAUUUCUAGGGAAAACAAACAAUACGCUGCGGAUUUGGCAUAUCCAUCAAUCGGAUGCAAGCAGAGCCAGGCCCAACUUAACAAUGGGCCCCAUACCCCUGUGUGUGCUGCUCCCGGUGACGGUGCUGGCUGUGGUGGCGGCUGUAGCUGCUGAGGAGAAUGCAAUCAAUGACGAGUACACCUGGCCACAGUGGAAGGUACCUCUGGUAAGGAAAAGACGCACUGUACCUCUCAGCAGCCCAAACUUUUCAGCCCAGCCACAGCCGGAGCUGAGUGGAACCUGUGGGAUUGAGUGUCAGCGACGCCUCCCCGCCACCUCUCUGGACGACCUGGAGCAGUUCCUGUCCUACGAGACGGUUUAUGAGAAUGGUACACGCACGUAUACCUCAGUUUCUGUGCAGGGCCUCAAUGAGGUGACUGCCUGGACCGGAAACACCUCAUCAAGCUCUCGCCACAAGCGAGAAGUGUACGGCACAGAUACCCGCUUCACCAUCUCUGAUAAGCAGUUCUCCACCAAAUACCCCUUCGUUACCUCCGUGAAGAUCUCAACAGGGUGCUCUGGAGUUCUCGUGUCACCUAAACACGUGCUGACCGCUGCCCACUGCAUCCACGAUGGGAAGGAUUAUCUAGAUGGGGUGCAGAAGCUGCGUGUUGGUAUUCUGAAGGAGAAGUCCAGGCGAGGGAAAGGAGGCAAAGGGAGAGGAGGGCGAGGAAAGGGUAAAAGGAGAAAGGGAGAAAAAGAUAGAGAGGAAGUGCAAGAACAAGAAGAGAAUGGUGGGAAAGGGGAGCGUAAAGGAAAAGGGAAAGGUAGAAAGAGCCGGAGUCGACGAAGUGCGGAAUCUGGGAAACCUUCGUUUAGGUGGACCGGGGUCAAGAAGACCCAGGUGCCUAAGGGUUGGUUCAAAGGUGUGUCUGAUGGACUGGCUGCGGAUUAUGAUUAUGCUGUUUUGGAGCUGAAGAAAGCCCCAAAAGUCAAGCACAUGGAUCUGGGUGUUAUCCCCUCUGUCAAGAAGCUUCCUGCUGGGAGGAUCCACUUCUCUGGCUUUGAUGAUGAUCGCCCUGGCAACCUGGUGUACCGGUUCUGCGCCGUGUCGGAGGAAUCCAAUGAUUUGUUGUACCAAUACUGCGACGCCAAACCCGGCUCCAGUGGCUCUGGGAUCUACAUUCGCCUCAAAGAGCCUGGCAAGAAGAGGUGGAAGAGGAAGAUCAUCGGGGUUUUCUCUGGUCACCAGUGGGUGGAUGUAAACGGCAAUGGGAUGCAGCAGGAUUACAACGUGGCGGUGAGGAUAACACCUCUCAAAUAUGCCCAGAUCUGCUACUGGGUCCACGGGGACUCGAGUGAGUGCCAGGUAGCCUAAGAAAACACAGGACCCUACCCUAAACCGCCACCACUCUUCCAUUCCUCAGAUCCGCCUCCAUAUAAGGAACACCCUGCCUUCUCUCACCCCAACCUCUCAUCACCAACCAGGGGCCUGAUGGCUGCCUCUCCUCUUCCUGCCUCCCAGUGACUCCUGCUACACUGAUCUACACACACACACACACACACACACACACACACACACACACACACACAGACACACACACACACACACACACACACACACACGCACACACACACACACAGCCAUACAGACUCACUGUUGACAACUACAUGAUUUCGUCAGCACAUCUAGAGAACUGUGGCUCUUCAGCUUUUCUAAUUUAUUUGCUAAAAAAAAACAACUGAGAAAAAAUAUGUAUUGUAUGUAUUUACAGAUCAUUCAGAUCUGCAGUUUUGCUUUCUAUUUUUUAAAGAUUUGACCAUUUUGGAUACAAUGUUGGAAAGAGUGUAUAUGCAAAUGUUUGUGAAUGAAGCCCCUCAUACAUUCGUCUCAUAUUCCAACCAGGCUUUGUAUGGAGACACUUGCAAUACCAAGUGUUCUCCACUACUGUAAAGAAGAGCAUGUGCAUUGACAAAAGACCCAGAAGAAAUAAUGUAACUUUUGUUUUACAAAUGAACUAUAUAGAGAUAAUUGUUUUUAUAAACAUUUUUAAUUGAACAAGCUGGUGUUUUGCAUUGUGUAUAUCUAGAACUUUGUGUUUGUUUGUUUUUACAACUACCUGUCUUUCUGUCUAAAUAGAGAAAGGGUCCUUAUGGAUCCUGUGUAGAAUUUUUUCCUGAUUUGUGAGUCACACCAUAUUUUCUCUGUUCUUGCAACGCAGUGAAAUAUGGUUUCAUUGUUGUGCACAUAAUUCUAUCGGUGCUUAUCCAGAAAACGUGGUGCUAAUUUAUGGAAUUGUAAACUUUUUGGAGGGGGGAGGGGAGACUUCUCAGAAUAUAUUUUGAUAGCCUAGUACUGUAACUAUGUAUUUUAUGUGAGGCUACGUAUUUGAGUUGUGUUAAGUUGGGACUGAACCAUUUAAUGAUUUACUUGAGCUGUUGAGAUUUCUCUAAUUCAAAGGGUUAACAUCACAAAGGCAAUAUUGUUAUACAAUGACAAAUUUAAAUCUGGGAUGUGAUUUUUUUUACUUUUUUAUGUUCUUUGUGUUCCAAAAAUUCAUACGAGUAUCCUUUUGAAUACCAAAUACCUGAAAAUUAAUGAUGACGAUUGAAGACUACCAACCAUUAAACCAAGAUUACUA